AUUCUGAAUUUGUUGAACACUCUUUUGGCUUAAUGAAUUUAAAAGAAGAUUUAGAAGGUAGUAAUAAAAGUUAUAGUAAAUAUGAAAAAGUCUCAAAAGAAGAUUUGAAGUUUGAUGAUGAAUAUGAAGAUUUAAUUAAUGCUGAAAGCAAUAAUUCUUGA